GCUCAUGUUUUCCUACGGGCGCGCUGCCCUGGCCUUCAGUGCGCACUCCACUAUGGAACGCAAACGUACCGCCUGGCACGGAACGAGAGUCGGAAGGAAAAAACACAUGCGAGAGAAUGACCCAUGACAGGAGCUCGAUGUUCCGUAAUCUGGAGAAGCGACGAAUGCGUCGUGAAGGAGAAAGGCUUCGAACUUUUCUGAACUGGCCCGCUGACGCACCGGUCACCUCUGGGGAUCUGGCCAAAGCGGGGUUCUUCUACCUGGGUUCCGGAGAUAAGGUCCAAUGUUAUUGUUGUGGCGGGGUUCUGAGGUACUGGGUUCACGGAGACACCCCUUCUGUCGACCACAAAAGGUAUUUUCCAACUUGUGGUUUUAUGUUGGGCGGAGACGUGGGGAAUAUUCCGCUGGUGGUCGCCCCUGGGUCCUCGGACUCCGUUGACGGUCAACUGGUGAGCCAGCUGCAGAGGAUGACUGUGGACGACCAGGCAGCGGCCGGACAUGCGGUUUACCCUGAAAUGGAGGCAGAGGACGCCCGGCUUACAACCUUCCACAACUGGCCCCCCGGGGCCUCAGUCCAGCCAGAUGUACUCUCCAGGGCAGGGUUUUUCUACACAGGGCACGGAGACAAUGUUAAAUGUUUCUUCUGCGACGGUGGUCUCAGGAACUGGGAGCCCGGCGAUGACCCCUGGCAGGAACAUGCUAAGUGGUUCCCAAGAUGUGAGUUCCUGCUACGGUCCAGAGGGCAGGGUUACGUCAGCACCAUCCAGGACUCUCACUUUCAUCACAGCGAGACCGUGGGUGGAUCACAGACUCCUGUAUCUCGAGACAUCAGCUCACGGAAUGACGUGGUGGCCGGUCUGGGGGGUUCCUCCGCCAUGCUGUCCCCCGUGGUGCAGACCGUGCUGCGCAUGGGCUUCCAGGCCAGCCUGGUGGAGAGCCUGGUCCAGACCAAGUACCUCCUGAGCGGGCAGCACUACACCUCAGUUUCCGACCUGGUGACGGAUGUGCUGCAGGCCGAGGGGGAGGAGCGACAGAGAGACCCGCAGAGCAGAGAGCCAGAGGUACACCAGGGCCCCAGCACUGGAACACUGAGGACCCGGGCUCCCAUUAAAGAGAAAGCUGUGGACCCCACUCCCGAGGAGCUGCUGAGGCAGCUGCAGGAGGAGCGGACCUGCAAGGUGUGCAUGGACAAGCCCGUGUCCAUCGUCUUCAUCCCCUGCGGCCACCUGGUGGUGUGCAGCGACUGCGCCACCAGCCUGCGCCACUGCCCCAUCUGCAGAGCCAGCAUCAGGGGCAGCGUUCGGGCGUUCAUGUCCUGAGCCGUGCCUUUGGCCCGGCGAGCCCCGUGUUAGAAGUGCAGUGGGGGUUCAAAACCCUUUUUACGACAGAGUGCACUGGUGUAAAAGUGUUGUACCAGAGUGUCUCCCCAUAUGAUUUGUAGGCAGUGUCUUUUACGCUGCAGACAUUACAUUGUUUGCCUUGAGGUUUAUGUUGAUAUUGUAAUUCAAUUACGAAUAGCAUUUUAAAUAAUGCCAUCUUUAUGAAUCAAUUGUUUUAACACACCUUUAUUUUUUCGAGAAACAAUGAAAAUAGAUCAGAAUAAAAGUUUGGAAACAUCGUCAAAAGUUCAUGUUUUUUUAUUAACAAACGACUAUUUACAUGUUGAACCGAACGCACAGCUGUUGACGAUUAGAAUCACACCAUAAGAUCUCGUCGGGUUUAAGCUACAGUGAUCACAAAAGUAUCGAAUAAUACAAAUCAAUUUCCUUCCACUUCCUAUCCACAGAAAUUGUUAUUCCUAUACAAUGAUGCUAAUCUUUUAUUUCCUGUUGAAUCUACACAUAGCAGGUUUUGGCUAAAUUAUAAAUUAUAGGGGUACGGAAAAGACGCUCUAUUGCACUUGGAUACUCAUAUUUUCACAAAAUGACCUUAGAAGCAUAACACUAAUGCUGUCAUAAUAUGAAGACCAGUAGACGUUUGUUAACCCAGUCCACACUAUAGCUACACUGUAGUAGGCAUAGUUUCUUACCUCUUAUUGGGACCCAUACUAAGCUUAACAAAGAGUUAUUGUGCGGCCUAUUUCUGGCAAACAUAUGGCCACUCUAAAAAUAAGAGAAGGUAAGAGUAUCAGAUUUGAUCAAAAUGACAUGCAGGAAAACCACUGAAAUAGUUGAAUUAAAAUCAAACAUUUUGUGAUUGGCUUUUGAAAGUAAACAUCAACCGCAUUACCUUUGGAAGUAAAUAUUGAAUUGAAAUAUAGGACAACGUAAUAUCUUUAAACUCUAAUUUAUGUUCAAAGCAAAUGCUUCACCGGACUGUUUAAUUAAGACAUAGCAUGGGAACACAAACGGCAUCAAACAGGCCGUACCCAGCUCAGCAUACAUACACAAACAUGCUUUAACACACGCAACCGUCUACAGUUUACUGUUGAGUUUAGAAAA